GUCGAUGGAAAUAUCCUUCCGACCGUUAUGUUUUCGUUUCAAUUUCCUUUGCGAUAUAAAUCGGCGCUAGGUCAAUUCGCUCGAAACAAUACACUCGAAUUUAAUACAUCGCUUUUAACUAACAAUAAUUACAAUUUACGAGAGGAAACAGGUGCUCGGAAUAUACUGGAACUGAAAACUAACUUGCAUCAUGUUACAAAGGUUAACGAAAGCAUCAGCAAACUCAGCAAAAUGGAACUGCGCUAGUAACUGACGAUAGAGAAGUGAAAGCAAAAUCGCCAUCGAGGUCAUACGCAACAGUAGGUCGGAUUUCCUUGUGCCUCGCCCGGUUUUGCUUCAUCGAGAAUCUUACGACCAAUUUCGUUCGUAUCACCAUCGAUGAUCGGACCUCUGGGAUCGCGAGAAACGGUAACCGCAUCGUUCGUCGACGAACACCACCAGCUGACCAGAGGAAAAUCAAUUUGGGCCUGCGCGUUGCUUAGCUCUAUCAUUCUCUCGGGUUCACAGGAAACGCUCGCCGCUGAAAAUGUCCAAUAAUCUUCGAUUCACGAAGGAGAACAAGAAUUUGACAUGGAAGCAACGAUUGUUUUACGAGAAAAAUGGGUAUAUCCUGCUUCCUCGCCUCGUGCCGAUGGAUGUCUUGGAUAAAUGUCACAAAAGGUUCGAUGACAUCGUGGCUGGCAGAGCUCCACGCAACGGAAUAACUGUGAUGUACGACGUGAAGGACAGAAAAUCGGUCAACAAAGUGCAAGACAUAGCAGACGACGAAGUUUUCCGCGAAUACAUCGCGCAUAAAAAUAUCCUGGAUAUAGUGGAAGCCAUCACCGGGCCGAAUAUCAUGGCCAUGCAUAGUAUGCUGAUCGCAAAACCCCCCGACAUUGGAUUCGGGACAUCCAAGCAUCCUCCUCACCAGGACUUGUAUUACUUCCCGUUCCGGCCAGCCGAUCUGAUAGUGGCGUCGUGGACCGCCAUGGAACCGUGUACUCGCGAAAAUGGAUGUCUUUUCGUGGCUUCUGGCACACAUGCACUGAACCGUUUGCACAAACACGACUAUCCUCCGGGAUCGGAGCCAGGCUCUGUCAACAAAUUCUACCACGGCAUCUUGGACUUGCCCGACUCGACGAACUGGGAAUAUCUGGAGAUGGGGCCGGGUGACACGGUAUUCUUCCAUCCCCUGUUAAUUCACGGAUCCGGCGUAAACAAGACUAACACCACGAGACGAGCUAUCUCUUGUCAUUACGCGGCAGCGGAGUGCGAUUACAUCGACAUAAAGAACUCGGUUCAAGAAGAUAUCGCAAACGAGAUCAAGAAUUACAUGCGCAAAGUUUCGCCUGGCAUUGACGUGGAAUACAGUGACCUGUGGCGUUUCAAGGCCAGCCUUGUACGCGGAAUAAAGUCCUCCCUAUAAAAAUAUGAUACGGUAUUCUCGUGGCGAACACUAGCGCUGGAUGUGCGACACGCCGCCAGGCAAACUUGGAAACGAUCUAGAUUGCGAAGACGUUUCUUCACAACAUCUUGGUCCCUAUGCACCUUAUGGUUAUCCCUUAGCAACCCUAAUAGCAUAUCCUUUCUUCCCUUUAUUUGCUGUUAAUAAUGGUACGUUAUUAGCGACUCUAGCCGUUGCACGAGGAUAAUUUAAAUAAAUAAAAAAACUACCUUGCCAGGAUGUAAGCAACAGGAUACACAGUACUCAUAAAUUGCACAGCACCCUUGGGCGUUACAGGUUUUGCAACUAUAUCUCUCUCUUUUCCUGACUGCAGAGGUUUCUUCGUUUUUUAGAAGAUCCUUUUGCUCUGUAGUACAGCAACCAUUCUGUAGAACAUCUUGUCUAGCACAUACGAUACCUCGCUCGUCUACUAUCAGAACUUUUCCCUAUCGAAAUAAGAAAGUAUUGAUGAAAGUAUUCGAAAAGACUGGAACUAUAACGAUUCAUUAAUCUAAUGUACCUGGACAGAGUUUCGACAAGGUUGUGCUGCAAUGUCGCUGUCAUUUAAGUUAGGUAUUGCCUCUAUAUUUAAUGCAUUGUCGUUUGCCUCUUGAUCAAGAGUAGCCUGCCACGACGGUGGUUUGCCAGAUGCCUUUAAUUGAUCCAAUAACACCUCAUCGUCAGAGAUCAGAUCAUCGUUAUUGUCAUUGACCAUCAUAGCAUCCAUAUCAUCGAGGUCAUUAUCUAAAGCUAAUGUUUUUCUCUAUGGAUAAAAUAAUAUUGCGUUCAAAGUUCCAACUCGGAUGUUAUUCUUCAUAUUAUUAAUUUACCUCGUUACGAAAUAAUGAAAAUGCACAGUAGGUGAGCGACAAAGCGAAGAUCAGUCCAAGUACGAGGCGGCGUCUAAUAAUUCUGAACAGGCCGCCACAACUCGGCAUCCUUUCCACUUUUGCAAUGGGCCCUCGUGUUUUUCAUCGACAUUAAAUCCCUCGGUUAAUGUCCAGGCACAUGGUUGAGGGGCAACUGACAGCGCAAAGUUUUUUUUUCAUCGUUAAAUCGUGUUUAAUCGAUAACGUUACACGAUUAAGAAAAUGUCUAAUCAUCGUUACGUAAUGAGAUGCAAAUUCGAGCAGAAAAAGGCGUACAGAUAUCGCAUAACCGUGAAAACAAUUAGACAGAAGAAAGAGAAAGGAGAAGAGGCAGGUUAUGUUGUCUUUAUGACAAUCUCAUCGCAAACAUUCGUGAGGCGCUUACCGAUCCCGGUGCGCAAAUAACUAUAUUGUUGCUACAUGAGCUUCUUAUUAAUCGAUCGCACGUACAACGGUAGAAAUUUGUCGUUUCUUUUCCUAAAUAAUAAAUUUAUCAAAAUUCUUCUCACUCGACAUGCGAGGAAUGGUACAAUAUGGAUACAAGUACGUUGACCUAUUCAAUGUGCCCGGGAUACGUUAAAGUGCACAAUGUAAUGGUAGAUGUCACUGUAUACCUAAUGAAACAUUUUUAUCGACGUGUUAUAAAAAUAAAAUUAGAAAAAUGUAUAGAAUCUAACAAUAAUAGAACUAUAACAGUAAAGUAAUCUACAUCAAAUUUAUACUUAAAUUACAUAUAUGGUAUAAGGUUAUUAUAUUUACUAUAUAAAUAUAUAAAAGUUAUUGUAACAUUUUAAUUAUUUUUAUUGCAUUGUAUACAAAAGGGGUUUAAUAAACUUUAUUGCACAG